CCUUCAGUUUGAGCACUUGACAUUUGGGGUUGAUCUGCUUUGGGCGUCAAUUUGCAGGAAUAUCAUUUAAAAAAUGUUUUUCUAAAAAACACUGCAUUUGAGGGAGCAGCGCCUGCUGGAGUCUUUCCUGCAGACCGGGGACAAUCCGAGAGUGGUAGUAAUAUGAGGAAGCCUUUGAAUGUGCUCGAUCCCGGAUUAAGAUCAGAGGACCUCCAGGGUGUUUAGACCGGGGAGCAACAUGCAAAACAACCGGUGAACCGCUGCUGCCUGCAGAACCCCCUCCCUUGACCUAAUCCACCAGCACCACCAGCCCAGCUUUUGCUUUUCUUUUGGUGGCGGGAAUUCCAGACACCCCAGCUCUGUCUGCCAGCCUGCACCAUGGAUUUCAUGCUACCCAUAAGAAGUCAAGAGAUGAUAGCUUUCUCCUGCUCCGAUCCUUUCCUGGAUCCCCACGGUGUCAACACCCGGUUCCACCACCAGGCCGUCAAGAGAAAGCUGCGGCCUGGACGGAUUCUCGGCUUCGUCGUCAGCCUGGUGGCAGUCUGCACAGUUUGUUCACUGAGUGCCUUGUCGUUGGCCACAGCCGUGGCCACUGAGCCGAGAGAGUCAGUUGCCGAGUCCCCAGCUGACGCAGCAGUGCCCCAAAGGACUCUUCUGCAGAGCCAGAAUGUGUCGAGUGCCCCGGAGGACACGCCAGUGGCCAUGAAGUCUUCCCACCUGGACAUGAACCAAGGAGACUACCCAACAGACUACUUCAGCGUGGAGGACAGGCGCCAGGGCUACGUGGUUUUUCACAUGUUUGGAAUGUUGUACAUGUUCAUAGCCUUAGCCAUCGUUUGUGAUGAGUUCUUCGUCCCCGCACUCACCGUCAUCACAGAGAAGCUGGAGAUCUCGGACGACGUGGCCGGGGCCACCUUCAUGGCGGCGGGCGGCUCGGCCCCAGAGCUCUUCACCUCCGUCAUUGGAGUCUUCGUCUCCCACAGCAACGUGGGCAUAGGCACCAUCGUGGGCUCGGCCGUGUUCAACAUCCUGUUCGUGAUAGGAAUGUGCGCCCUUUUCUCCAAGGAGGUGCUCAACCUCACCUGGUGGCCUCUGUUCAGAGACGUCUCGUUUUACAUCAUCGGGCUGCUCCUGCUCAUCUACUUUUUUCUGGAUAACCAAAUCACGGUGUCGGAAAGUAUCAGUCUGUUGAUGUGUUACACCUGCUACGUGACAUUCAUGAAGUACAAUUCUCAAGUAGAGAACCUCAUCAAAUCCAUCCUGGGGAGCAACCAGGUGGACGAGCUGGAGGCCGCUCCAAAGGCAAAUUCAUCAGGAGACGAUGAGAACAAGUUGACGGCCAAACCCCGGCUGCAGAGGGAAGGCAGCUGCGCAUCUCUGCACAACUCCCUGAUGAGGAACAGCAUCUUCCAGCUCAUGAUACACACGCUCGACCCCCUCAGUAACGAAGGACGGUUCAAAGAGAAGGCUUCCAUCCUCCACAAAAUGGCCAAACAGAAGUGUAAAGAAGAAGGCGCCAUGGCCAACGGUGUCGUGGAUAAAAAUCUCCCAAACAGUUCAAAGGUCGCCGUUGAGGUCACACCGCCCAUGAACGGAGUUGCAGGAGGAGAUCAGGAGGGUGAGGAAGAGGAAGAUGAGGACCAGCCUCUGAGCUUGGCCUGGCCUGACACCCCGAGGAAGCAGAUCACCUACCUGCUCAUCCUGCCCAUCGUCUUCCCCCUUUGGCUCACACUGCCCGACGUCCGGAGAGAGACGUCUGAAAGGUUCUUUCCAAUCACGUUCAUCGGCUCUAUCUGUUGGAUUGCGUUCUUCUCCUACCUGAUGGUGUGGUGGGCUCACCAGGUUGGAGAGACUUUCUGGAUCACAGAGGAAAUCAUGGGUUUGACCAUUCUAGCAGCGGGAACGUCCAUUCCGGACCUGAUCACCAGUGUGAUUGUAGCGCGAAAAGGCCUGGGCGACAUGGCCGUGUCCAGCUCCGUGGGCUCCAACAUCUUUGACAUCACCGUCGGCCUGCCGUUCCCAUGGCUCCUCUACAACAUCAUCAACGACUUCAAGCCCGUGGAGGUGAGCAGCAACGGCCUGUUCUGUGCCAUCGUCCUCCUCUUCCUCAUGCUCCUCUUCGUCAUCAUUUCCAUCGCGGCUUGCAAGUGGAGAAUGAGCAAGUUUCUCGGCUUCCUCAUGUUCCUGCUCUACUUCGUCUUCCUGAUCGUUAGCGUCAUGUUGGAGGACAAAGUCAUCAUGUGCCCAGUCACCGUCUAAAGAAAUGAUGAUUACAAAAAAAGAACAUAAAGUUGAAAUUUGCUCUUUAACAGUGCAAUAACAAACUGCCUGUUUUAUGUCUCACACUGUUCUGUACAAUCACACACACACACACACACACACACACACACACACACACACACACACACACACACACACACACACACACACACACACACACACACACGCGCGCACACACACACACACACUUACAAGCUAUUGAUGCGGAUCAAGCAGGAGUUGAAGGCCUGUUGCUUCGGCCGCCCAAUCAGGAGACUCUCUUUGCACCAUGUGACCAGACGUCACAGUGAGGACUGUCUGAGAAACGCUGAAACAUUGGAGAGGAAACGGAAACCGGAAGACGGGAGGAACUUUUCUUUUUGAACAAAGGACAAAGACUGAACGUCUCAGUGGGGAGAUUCAGAGUAUGAAGUUGACGUGGACACACAAGGAGACAUGAUGUUGUUGUUGUUGUUGAGAAGCUUUGGCUUCCAGCUCAAGGGAGCCGUCGUGGAAAAAACUAAACAAAAGAAAAGCCAAGGUAAACUUUUGAUUUUGAUAGCAGCUUUGUAGGCUUCGAGAUGUUAACGAUAUGCAGCGCUUCAGAUUUUACUUUGCAAUGUGAUAGAAAGAAGAAUAUUGUCAAUGAUUUGACAGGAGUUUCAGACAGCUCUGCAUGUCCAUCUCAUUCAUAAAAUGUGAAACGUUUCAUCAUAACCGGGUUCUCACGUGUGCUAAAAAGUAUGAACGUAAUUUUCUGUUCUGGCUGCCUUUGUGUGCACCGCUUUAGAAAGGGGAACAUGUUAAAAUGCUGAUUUUACUGUAUGGGAAGCACUUGGUGGCAAAGAUGUUUGAUUUUUUUCAAUAUGCUGACUGCCCAGGGCGGCAUUCGGUUGGGGGGCAGCUUAACCACAGAACCGAUUGCACACCGCUGGAGGGUGAAGAUGCUGAAUUUGGUAUUGGAGUCAUAGUUCUCUAAUUCGAGCUAAAUUAAAGGGAUUUUUCACUCUUUUUUUGUCUUAAGAAAUGUGGACAUCUCUUUUUAAAUAUAUAUAUAUAAAUCAUUUAUCAAAGCUGAGCUAUGAAACAUGUCAUCUAUUUGUAAAGAAAAGAAAAAAAAAAGAUUUUUGUUGUUUUUGGCAUCAGAUUGAAAUUAGCAUGAAAACCUCGGUACAUGGACUGGCCAAACCCGGACUGAAAUGUUUCACUGUGGCUCCAGUGAAUUUCUAUAAAUUACAGUUUGAAUCUGUAAACGAAUGGGUACAGAACGAGGGGCAAAACCUGUCAGCGAGUGAUGGACAAAAAGAUUAGCCCCCUCUGUUGUGUUGUUCUUGUUUAUCUUUCUAACACUUUUCUUCAGAUUAGGGAUUAAUUUUUUUAAAAAUUAAACAUUUCUUGCCAGCAGGUAAUGCUGAUUUUCACCACUGAUUUUCUGAUGUACAACAGAUUGCACGUACUGUAAUUUCACUCAAAUGUUGUUGAUUUUCUGUAAGACCACGACUCUUAAUGCCGUCUGAGAGAGGAAGUAGUGUUCUCGUGUGCACUUUGAGUCGAGGACGUCUCCUCAGUCGGCCGGCUUAGAGCCUGGGUUCAUGUGCACGUGUAGAAAACCGCAGUCUUUUUCAUCCUUUUCCCCCCCUUUUCUUUUACAAUGUAUGCAGAUUUUUAAAAGUGUUUUUAAAAAAAAUUACCAGCAACUACUGCAAAUAUGUUAACCAUGUAAUGACGUUCUAUAAAUGGAAACAUUGUUGAUGUUCUACAAUAAAAUAAUCCCGUUCUGUA